AUGAAGCUGUCGACGUUGAUUCUAGCGCUCGUGUGCCUCUCACAGCUUGGCGGCAGCUCGGCGAACGAAGCCACCGACAUCAUGCGGCGUCAACUGCGCGUGGGGAAGGCCGUGGCCUCGCUCUUCGAGAACCAGCAUCAGUCGACGCGUGAAUUGGAAGAAAAAAUCAUGCAGGACGAAGACAACAAGCCCAACGAGGUGCAAGCCGACACUACCAAGUUCCGUGUGCGCCGUUUGCGCUCGCCUAACUACGUGGAGCUGAUCGAUUGGGUCUGCAUUUUUAACAAGGGAAGUCUUUUCUUCGGUCAGCGUGGGCUUCAGUUUGAAGUUGCGAUGACGUCAGCGUCGGCCCAAGACGAAACCAAUAAAGAUAUGCGCGACGGACGGCUCAGCAACUUCAGCAGAACACGCUUCACCCAGCUCAUUCUUGAUUCGGGCAGCGAGCUCCCACUGAUAAUUGGCCAAACAAGAUCCUCGACCUCUAAUGAAGAUCUAUACGACGACGGCGUUUGCUGCGAUGGUGAUGUUCCUACUAGCAACUCCAUCGAUCGCACCCCCUCCACCGGAGGAGACCGAUCCCAACGCAGCACCGCAUACCCCUGCAACGCCUGCGCCCACCCUCCGAUGAAAGUGAUCCUGCUUGUGACCGUACUUAGUGCCAUGUCGAUUGCAUUUGCUAGCGCCGAGCUGCGUCAACUGCGUCAUGAAAGCGCUCUCACAAGCACGAAGAGCGACUAUCGCCAACGACAAGAAGAAAAUAUUAGCAUUGGACAACUCCCCUCUGCAUCGAACAAAGCCACGCCUCUUCCAGGUUUGAUCGGCUCAACCCUCCAGGACCCAGUACCGUACCCAGUGCAGGAGACCCAACGGCGUCGCCGAUUCUCGCGGCUGUGA